GAGCAUCGAGAUGGAAUCUCUGCCAGUUUAUCACGGUGCCAUUAGCAAGGAGAUGUGCGAGAGGCGUCUGGGUGAGGCCGGCAGAGACGGCAGCUACUUAAUUCGGGAUAGCGAGAGCGUACCCGGUGCCUACUGCCUCUGUGUCCUGUGUGACGGGUUAGUUUACACUUACCGCUUACAGAAGGACAACGCCGGCUCCUGGGCAGCAGAGACGGCACCUGGUCUGCAGAGACGUCUGUUCAGAAACGUGAAGAAUUUAAUCAGCGCAUUUAAGAAACCAAACCAGGGCAUCGCUUCUCCUCUGCUGUAUCCCAUCACUGUUCAGGACCACUGCACAGUGGAAUCAGUCAACAUACCCUGAACACCCUAAACAGACUCACUAUUACCAUCAACAACGUCAUAACGGCCUCUGAGGAUAACAAACUGGAAAAUUACCAAUUACUCAAAUGUUCUUUUUGGGAUACAGUUCAAUCUGGAAUUCAGAUUGAUUUUCCUGCUGUUAAACUCCUGAUGAUGAUGAUGAUGAU